CUAGAGGCCAGUUUUAGUUAUUGGAGAUCUGACAUUUGAGAGAGAUCAAUCCGUUAACCUGUGUUAUCGGUUUUCAAUUAAAUUUUCAAAACAGAACCUUAUUUUAGGGCGCGUUGUUGUUGACUAAAUAGUUUUUUUUACUGCAAGUUUGUGUCUACUACUAAUUACAAUUACCAUGUUUGUACGGGAUUUUAUUGUUUCAGUACUAAGUUGGAUGGGUCUAUUCAAGAAAGAAGUGAGAUUGUUGCUGUUAGGACUGGAUAAUGCUGGCAAAACAACGUUAUUGCGUAUGCUUAAGAAUGGCACAAUGGGACAGCACAGCCCUACUUAUCAACCUGUUGUAGAAGAAAUAACAAUUGGAAAGUUAAAGUUAAUGACAUUUGAUCGUGGUGGACAUCAACAGGCCCGUAGGGUUUGGAGAGAUUACUAUCCAGCAGUGAAUGCCCUUGUCUUUGUAAUAGAUGCUUGUGACAAACAACGUCUUCCUGAAAGCAAAUUGGAGUUGGAUUUGAUUCUGAGUGAUGAAUUGCUGAAAGACCGUCCUGUGCUAAUACUGGGUAAUAAAGUUGAUCUUCCAGGGGCUGCAAGUAAACAGCAGUUGCUUAAUGACUUAGGACUUAACCAUCUAGUUUCUGGCAAAGAUAAAACAACUCAUUCUCAGCUUAAAUCACACCCUGUUGAACUUUACAUGUGCUCCAUAUUGAACCGACAUGGCUAUAAAGAAGGCUUUGAAUGGUUAGGUCAGUACAUUGACUAAAUCGGAUGUUUGGAAUGUUCAAUAUGAACAGCAGUAAACAUAUUGCUAGUUAUUUGAGAAAAUUGAUUUCAUUUACUGUUUUUGGUUUGGUUUAUUAACUGCUGGACUGUACUUCCCAUAGUGUCACCUAAAAUUGUAAAAACAAUAAACAAAAAAG